GGGGCUCCUUAAAGCGGUGGCGGCGGCGGCCUCCCCGGCCAUGGCGCUGAGGGAGCUGAAAGUUUGCCUGCUGGGGGACACUGGUGUGGGCAAAUCAAGUAUUGUAUGGCGAUUUGUAGAAGACAGCUUCGACCCCAACAUCAACCCAACAAUAGGAGCAUCCUUUAUGACCAAGACUGUGCAGUACCAAAAUGAGCUGCAUAAAUUCCUAAUCUGGGAUACAGCUGGACAGGAGCGAUUUCGUGCUUUAGCACCAAUGUACUAUCGAGGGUCAGCAGCAGCUAUCAUAGUUUAUGACAUCACAAAAGAGGAAACUUUCGCAACUUUGAAGAACUGGGUGAAAGAGCUUCGACAACAUGGACCACCAAACAUUGUUGUUGCCAUUGCAGGAAAUAAGUGUGACCUUAAUGAUGUAAGGGAAGUCAUGGAAAAAGAUGCUAAAGACUAUGCAGAUUCCAUCCAUGCAAUAUUUGUAGAGACCAGUGCAAAAAAUGCAAUAAACAUAAAUGAACUCUUUAUAGAAAUUAGUCAUAGAAUUCCAUCAACUGAUACCAACCCCCAAUCUAGCAGUAAAGGUUUCAAACUUAGAAGACAGCCAUCAGUGACAAAACGCAGCUGUUGUUGACUGAUCCUUUAAGAAAUCAGACUUGUUUAUACAGUAGGUGGUCUUGGAAGUUGAUAGUUCAUGUUGGGUACAUACAGUUGGUCUUAAAUUCUUAUCUGCCUGAUGUUUGUGGACCAGUUCAUCUGACAUCUAUAGGCUUGCAGAAGAGACUACAAUCAUGAUAAUGUCAGCCUGUUUACUUACAACACAUAAUAUCUCAUGUAUUAAAAGGGAAUCCAUCAUCAUAUGUAUGGCCUUGCUUGAAAUGAAUUUCAGUAUGUGGAUGAUAGGACUGAAAUACUUAGUAGUUUAUAAUCAAGACUUUGUAAUGCUUUCUAAAAAGGGAAAUGAGCACUUUUUGUGGGUCUUUGGGAAUGGGAGCAGCAACAGUGAAGUUUAAAAUUUAGUCAUAAGGCAAUUCUGCUUUCCUUUGCCAUUGUUUUAAAUGUAAUUGUAGCUAAUCCAAAGUAUGAGACAGUUGCUAUUAGACCACUACAGAAUAAGUUACUAAAAAAGAGUAAUGAAGAAGCAGUCCCUCCAGUCCCCAAAUCCCAACUUGCACUUUUUAUUUAAUGAUAUUGUAGGAUAUUAAAAAAAAUAAGCAAACAACAGAUUUUAAACCACAGACAGUCUUUACCUUUUCAUGCUGACUUAAUCACUUAAACGUUAAUAUGUUGUUUAUAGUCAACCUUGUUUAAAAUAAAGCAAAGUUAGGUGAAACUCUAAACCAUAACUGACUGACUGAUAACGGAUGCUGUCAAGAGUUCUGUUAAGACUUAAGGAUUAUAGGGAAAGCUUUUAAUUGCUUGGCACAUGUAAAAUGUUAAUACUAUAUUUAUGAGACCACUGUCUAAAGUAUUAUAAAUUAUGUAAAAGCAGUCAAGAAAUCAGUUUCCUUCCCUCCUUUCAUUCUUCACCCAUGGAUAGAUUCCUGGCAAUCUCCAGCUAGUCUAUCCUUGCCUACGAGGUCUUGUACCCCUGUCAGUGACCUCUUCCAAAAGAAAACUGCCUGUCCCUCUCUUCUGACCACAGCUGAACUUCUCCUUGAUAAGGCCAGUUGAGAUUGCUGUUGGUGCAGCAGAAGACCUGCCCAUUGAGCAACUUGUACCUGCAGUGCACCCAGACCCUGCUGGCUUGUAAGCAAAAAAUGCAAACAGGGAACCAAAUCAAGUCAUGCAUGGUAGCGUAGAUCGUUACCUCUUGGCUCCUGGGCCUUGCCCAGCCCUUAUUUUUGUUUUAAGAAUAUCAGCUUUUAGCUUAUGUUGUGGUGUUUUAGUACAUUUUAUAUUAAGCUAUAAAUUGACAAUACCCUAUUAUGCUAUUUUCAUUAUUUAUUUUUAGAUUUCUGCCAGCUGUGGUAGGAAACAUCUCUCUCUUGAGAGAGAACAUUUUAAUAAACUCAAAUGUGUAAAAUACUUUUUUUUUAGAUUUUGAUAUUAAUCUUAAAGCCAUGUUUAUGAUAUUUGCUCUUAAUUUUUGAUUUGGCAUUCUACCAUCCCAAUUAUUUGGGCUGAAGAAAAUUUAGAAAGAAUAUAUAGGUAAUGAAACAGCUUAUUUCAGACUAAGUUGUUAUUUCAGACCCCUGUUUCAAAGCUACUCUUAAAUAAAACAGUUGAAUUCUAACAGUGAUAUAAAGCAUAUUCUGAAUGCAAUUAAUAGGCUUUAAUGAAUUGUGGGGACUAAAACCUAUGACUCUUAGGUGCACAUCUGUUUGCAGUUGUAUAGAUAUGCCAUUUGCUUUUGCAAAAAGGAUUUUUGUGCAUGCAAAUCAUGUUGCAUGCAUAUAAAUAGUAGCUGGUUUGAAGCCCCUGCAGGAAGAAAUGGCCCAAAUAGAACAUUACAAUAAAGACAAAACUAUGUUCUUAUGUGCAGCAUUCACAUCUAAUACAUAAUAUGGCUGAAAUCUUUGUGACAUUAGAACCAAAUAUGCAAGUAUAGACUUUAGCUACAAUGUUAUAUCAUAUCUUUUACAAAACUUUAAAAAGUGUUACUACUA